CCGGUUGUGCUGGGGGCCCUAGGGCAGUGGUGCCGAAACAAUGGAAAACAGCCGAUGCAGCAGCCAGGGAAACCAUGCUGGACACCGGGAAGAUACAGCCAGAGGUCCCCUGAGAAUCAUUAUCAAGUCUCUGAAGGGUUACCUGCAAUGAAGAUCUGGUGUACAUACAUGCUCCGUACCUGAUAGCGGCAGGACAAGAUGAAAUUGACUAAGCGUAGAACAAGGGACUCAGAUGGGACAACAGGAAGGACUUGGCUUUGAGAAGCACUAAGUUUAAAUUCCAGAUUAACAGGUCAGUCUUAGGAGGCAGCGGUGGCUGGAGCACUGAGCCCGCCUCGGGAGGUCUGUGCUCCAGUUCCUGCAUUCACAGGAGGAGACUCAGACAGGAUGACCUCCGGGGUCCUGUCCUGAUCUCAAUUUCUUAGUGCUCAGAGCUGUGAGUGGGACUUGGAUCCUGGAGCAGGGGAAGUUAGGAUGGACUCUGGGCCUCCUCCCAGCCCCUCCCACUGGGGAGUCUGUCAUUCAUUCUAGAGUCAGGAGAAAGAAGAGGAUCCCUCACUGACCACAUCGGUCCCUUAACAUCUGCUCCUUGAGAGGGUUUCCUGUCUUUGGACGGGCGUCAGCCUGAGCAGGAGCUCAGUGACUAUUAAAUGGCACAGCCCUUGGGUGGUCCUGGGAGGAGACCAAGAGAGAGAUCAGGACGUGGGCCCUGAGCUCGGGGACUGCUGAGGGAGACCCACACAUGGGGCUCAAGGGGAGGCAUGGAGGCAAAAACGUGUGGACACAGGUGUUAGAGGUGUGGCCAUGGGCCCAAGUGCUGACAGGCACAGCGUCCUAAACUUUCAGCCGCUGAGGAGCUAGGAGGCUCAAACUCCAUCUUGUCUGGGUUGGGGACAAGACUUGAAGUGCACGUUCUUUCUUGGCAGGACCUGGUCUCUCCAGGGCAGGAUGGCCCAGGAGCUCAGUGAGAAGGAGCUUUUAAAGAUGGAGGUGGAGCAACUGAAGAAGGAAGUGAAGAACCCAAGAGCUCCGAUUUCUAAGACAGGAAAGGAAAUCAAGGAUUACGUGGAGGCGGAAGCAGGAAACGACCCUCUUCUCAAAGGCAUCCCUGAGGACAAGAAUCCCUUCAAGGAAAAAGGCGGUUGUAUGAUAAGCUGAUGGCACUGGAGCCCCUCAUCCUGAAUGCCUGCCCCUCCUCAGCCCACUCCUUAUCCAGAAUCAAGUAUCCUGGAACGCCCAGGGAACCAGUGGAUGUUCACCUUCUCUUAGUCACAGAAUGAGUAAAGAUGCCUGGCUGCAUGCAUCAUGAAUCCAUUCCCCAGUCCUGCUUUGAACUCUUUUCUCCCAUUACCACCUGCCUUGUCACUGCUGACCCCACUUGGAAACACUCCCAGGAAAGCUUCCCUGGCUCAGCAGUUGACACCUAAACUCGUGGGGUCUGAAAAGACUGCAGUUCCCUGAGACCUCGGACAGUCCUUGGGAAACAGUUACUCCUCCCAUUUCCCCCCUCCACUGUCUGCCUAGGAACCAGAAUUCCCAUUCAGAGCUUUUGGGUUGAGGACUGGAGUUGGGGCGUCCUUUCCCCCCACCUCAUGUCCGGUCCUGUGGAAGUCCCCCUGGUCAUUUGGGUCACCCCAGAUGGCCUGGUGACAAAAAGAGCUCGUAAAGUCAUGAUGUCAUGAUUUAUUGAAUGUUAUUGAGUGCCUGUUCCAUGCUGGGCUAGGAUAGAAAAGUGAGCUAAAUUCAAAUGGCUCUUAUUUUCAUGGAAUUUAGCAUAGAAGGCAUGAAACAGGGAUACAGUUUAACCAGUAAGUGCUGCUGUGGGGAAAAGAAAG